AUGCACUUGCCUAUCCACUUAGUAGAUGAAGUUAAGUUGAGUGGACCAGUACAUGGAUGGUCGAUGUUGUCAAUUGAGAGAUACCUUGGAAAACUGAAAUCAAAUGUUCGGAAUCGCAGCUGUCCAGAAGGUUCUAUUGCUGAAGGAUAUUUGGCAGAAGAGUGUUUGGUGUUUUGCUCAAGAUAUUUGAAGGAAGCUCAACAACAUAGCCAAGAGUUCAUGUUUUGGCUUAAAGAAAAGGUUGAGUUAGACCAAGACCAAGUUCCUCCUUAUAUUAAAUGGUUGUCUUUAGGACCAUGUAAUGUUGCACGAAGGUAUGUGGGUUAUAUUGAUCAUAAUCCCGUUACUGGAAAAGUUCUUUAUUAUGUAGUGAUACAAGAGAUCAUUGAGCUAGAUUAUUGGAGAUCGUUUAGUGUCGUGUUAUUCCGAUGCGACUGGUUUCAUGUAGAAAAUGAUGACUAUGGUUUCGCUCGUGUUAAUUUCAACAAGAAUUGUUAUUCAGAUGACCCUUUUGUGCUAGCUUCACAAGUGCAUCAAGUCUUUUAUGUUGAAGAUCCAAUAGAAGAGGGUUGGCAUUACACGACAAAGAAUUUGCCAAAAGAGUUUUUUGGUUUCGGUGAAACAGAGGAAGCUUUUUUGGUUGAACCUAAUGAAGUUCUUGAUGAUAUGAUAGGGAAUAUGGUUAAUGAUAGUGAUGAUGUGAGAUGGUGUAGAGAAGAUAUACCUCAUACUGUUGUUGACAUGCAUGGCAAUACUUUCCCCAAUGAUUCCGAUUAUGCUUCUGGUGAGAACAAUGGAAAUGAAUGGAAUAUGGCUGGCACAAAUUUAUCGUGUAUUGGUCCUUGA